AUGUCAAAAUCUCUGAUUCGUAAGGCCAAAAAUGUGGUCAAUGGCUACUCCAGCACACAGGUAUUGUUGCGAGAGGCCACUUCUAAUGACUCAGAUGGUCCAUCUGUGGAGCUUUUGGACGAAAUCGCGGAGCGCUCGUGGGAUAACGUAAGCUUUUUCGAGGUCAUGGAUAUGCUGGACAAACGUUUGAACGACAAGGGCAAAAACUGGCGCCAUGUGGCGAAAUCGCUGACGGUUCUGGACUAUUUGGUGCGUUGCGGCUCAGAUCACUGCGUUCCCUGGGCCAAGGAGAAUCUUUAUAUCAUAAAAACGUUGCGAGAGUUCAUCCACGAGGACGAAAUGGGAGUUGACCAAGGGCAGAUCGUGCGUGUGAAGGCCCGUGAGCUGACAGCGCUGUUGCUGGACGACGAGCGUUUGCAAGAAGAGAGAUCGCUCCGGCGGCAAAAUCGCCGCCCCAGACGGCGUAGAACUCGCGAUGACCCCAAUGACGACAUGCAGCGUGCUUUGGAGGAAAGCAGACUUACCGCAGAACAAGAAGAAGAGGAGCGUCGCAGACGCUACGAGCUUUACGACAACAGCAAUGACGACCUGCAAACCGCGUUGCAGCUCAGCAAAGAGGAGGAAGAACUCAGGCGUCUACGAGCUCUGCAAUUGGAACAGCAAAUGCAACAGGCUCAGAACCAAAUGUUUGGCUACCAGCAGCCUCAGCAACAAUCCAUGUACUACGAUGUGUUUGGAAACCCUAUUACAGCAGAAGAAUAUCUCCAGUAUCAGCAGCAAAUGAACGAACAGCAGCUUGCACAACAGAAGUACCAACAGGCUGCGCAGCAGCAAUAUCUUGCUCAACAACAGUACCUAGCUCUCCAGCAGCAACAGCAACAAGAUCUUGCUCAUCAGCAAUACUUUCAAACGCUUGCUCAGCAACAACAGCCUUUGGCAACAGGUUCCAACAAUCCGUUCGCGAGAAACUCUCAAGCAGCCUCGGCAAACACUGGAGUUCAGUCUCCUCCAUCAAGACCGAUGGAAUUGCCACAGCAUCAGCCUGUACAACAAGCGCCUCCUCCUCAGCAGCAACCUCUCAAACAAACCAGGACUGGGAACCAGUCUGUAUCUGAUAAAUUCAGUGACCUGAACAAUCUUCUGGCCUCCGGUACUGGCCUAGAUACAUUUGGUAACACAGGCCAGACCCGUAUUCCUGCCCAGCAUACGAAGACAGGUACUUUUAUCAAUUCACAGGGCACUGGCUACAAGCAAGUCACCAGCAAUGGGCCUCAGGGAAAGAAGAAUCCUUUCCUAGCUCAACAAUACACUGGGCUUCCAAGCACCUCUGUUGUGCCUUCGUAUACAGGCUAUGGUUUUGGUAAUGGUAAUCAGAACUACCAACCUCAACAACAGCAUAACCAGAACUUUUCGAACGGGACUGCCGAUCAGGGCGUCAGCCUGAUAGAUUUGUAG